UCCCCGAGACCCACGGUCAGCACCGGCAGCCUUCACUUCCAGCAGUCAUCGCGGCGUCCAGCGUUCGGACGCCAACAUGUCCCAGCGCUUCGUGGUAACCCCAGCACAGAGCGGGAUGGGGGACGCGGGACCCAGGGCAGAGGGCGGCGACAGCCAGCACCUGUGCUUGGAUCCCGAUCCCGACCCCGACCCUGACCCUGACCCGGAUCCCAGCCUGGUGGCCGCACUGAAAACACAAGAAGUAGAUGCGCUGCCCAUUCUGCGCUACUGCCGCGAGCCCAGCCGCUAUGGAGAUGGAAACCCCAGGGAGAAUAGCCCAUUCAUCAACAAUGUGGAGGUGGAGAGAGAGAGCUACUUCGAGGGGAAGAACAUGGCGCUUUUUGAGGAAGAGAUGGACAGCAAUCCCAUGGUGUCAUCACUGCUGAACAAGCUGGCCAACUAUACCAACCUGACCCAGGGUGUGGUGGAGCAUGAGGAAGAUGAGGACAGCCGGAGGAGGGAGAUCAAGGCCCCACGCAUGGGCACCUUCAUUGGAGUCUACCUGCCCUGCCUGCAGAACAUCUUGGGUGUUAUUCUUUUCCUGCGCCUGACCUGGAUUGUGGGGGCAGCUGGCGUUCUGGAGUCCUUCCUCAUCGUGUCCAUGUGCUGUACCUGUACAAUGCUGACUGCCAUCUCUAUGAGUGCCAUCGCUACCAACGGUGUGGUCCCAGCUGGAGGCUCAUACUACAUGAUCUCCCGUUCGCUGGGGCCUGAGUUUGGAGGGGCUGUUGGCCUCUGCUUCUACCUGGGCACAACAUUUGCAGGUGCCAUGUACAUCCUGGGUACCAUUGAGAUCUUCUUGACCUACAUCUCCCCAAGUGCAGCCAUCUUCCAGGCAGAGACGGCAGAUGGCGAGGCGGCAGCACUGCUGAACAACAUGCGUGUGUAUGGCAGCUGCGCACUGGCACUCAUGGCAGUUGUGGUCUUCGUUGGCGUCAAGUAUGUCAACAAGCUGGCACUGGUCUUCUUAGCCUGUGUCGUGCUUUCCAUCCUGGCCAUCUAUGCUGGUGUCAUCAAGACAGCCUUUGCCCCGCCUGACAUCCCGGUCUGUCUGCUUGGGAACCGCACGCUGGCCAAGCGCAGCUUUGAGACCUGUGCCAAAAUGCAGGUUGUCAGCAAUGGGACAGUGACCACUGCACUCUGGCGACUCUUCUGCAAUGGCUCCAGCUUGAGUGCCACCUGUGAUGAGUACUUUGUACAGAACAAUGUCACGGAGAUCCAGGGCAUCCCUGGUGUGGCCAGUGGUGUCUUCCUGGAUAACCUGUGGAGCACAUAUUCAGACAAGGGGGCAUUUGUGGAAAAGAAGGGCGUGUCCUCAGUGCCUGUGUCUGAGGAGAGCCGGCCUAGUGGGUUGCCAUACGUCCUCACAGACAUCAUGACCUACUUCACCAUGCUAGUUGGCAUCUACUUCCCCUCCGUAACAGGGAUCAUGGCAGGAUCCAACCGCUCUGGAGACCUCAAAGAUGCCCAAAAGUCCAUCCCAACAGGGACCAUUCUGGCCAUCGUGACCACGUCUUUCAUUUAUCUUUCCUGCAUAGUGCUGUUUGGGGCCUGCAUCGAAGGUGUGGUCUUGCGAGAUAAGUUUGGGGAGGCCCUGCAAGGGAACCUGGUCAUUGGCAUGCUGGCCUGGCCAUCCCCCUGGGUCAUCGUCAUUGGCUCCUUCUUCUCCACCUGUGGUGCUGGCCUGCAGAGCCUGACUGGGGCACCCCGCCUGCUGCAGGCCAUUGCCCGUGAUGGCAUCAUCCCCUUCCUGCAGGUGUUUGGUCAUGGAAAGGCCAACGGGGAGCCCACAUGGGCCUUGCUGCUCACGGCUCUCAUCUGUGAGACGGGUAUCCUCAUUGCCUCCCUGGACAGUGUGGCCCCUAUCCUGUCCAUGUUCUUCCUCAUGUGCUACAUGUUUGUGAACCUGGCCUGUGCUGUGCAGACCCUGCUGCGCACACCCAACUGGCGCCCACGUUUCAAGUUCUACCACUGGACCCUCUCCUUCCUUGGGAUGAGUCUCUGCCUUGCCCUGAUGUUCAUCUGCUCCUGGUACUAUGCCCUGUUUGCCAUGCUAAUCGCUGGCUGCAUCUACAAGUACAUCGAAUACCGUGGGGCUGAGAAGGAAUGGGGUGAUGGCAUCAGAGGCCUGUCACUGAAUGCUGCCCGCUAUGCCCUACUGCGUGUGGAACAUGGACCCCCACAUACGAAGAACUGGAGGCCCCAGGUGUUGGUGAUGCUGAACCUGGAUGCAGAGCAGUGCGUGAAGCACCCCCGCCUGCUGUCCUUCACCUCGCAGCUGAAGGCUGGCAAGGGCCUGACCAUCGUGGGUUCCGUGCUGGAGGGCACCUACUUAGACAAGCACGUGGAGGCCCAGAGGGCUGAAGAGAACAUCCGCUCUCUGAUGGGUGCAGAGAAGACCAAAGGCUUCUGCCAGCUGGUGGUGUCCUCCAACCUGCGAGAUGGUGCAUCUCACCUGAUCCAGUCAGCUGGCCUUGGUGGCAUGAAACACAACACUGUCCUCAUGGCCUGGCCAGAGUCUUGGAAGCAGGCAGAUAACCCUUUCUCCUGGAAGAACUUUGUGGACACUGUCCGUGAUACUACAGCAGCGCAUCAGGCAUUGUUGGUGGCCAAAAACAUCGACUUGUUCCCGCAGAACCAAGAGCGCUUCAGUGACGGGCACAUUGAUGUGUGGUGGAUUGUGCAUGACGGGGGCAUGCUCAUGCUGCUGCCCUUCCUGCUGCGCCAGCACAAGGUGUGGCGAAAGUGCCGGAUGCGCAUCUUCACUGUAGCCCAGGUGGAUGAUAACAGCAUCCAGAUGAAGAAGGACCUACAGAUGUUCCUGUACCACCUCAGGAUCAGCGCUGAGGUGGAGGUGGUGGAGAUGGUUGAAAAUGACAUAUCAGCAUUCACCUAUGAGAAGACGCUAAUGAUGGAGCAGAGGUCACAGAUGCUGAAACAGAUGCAGUUGUCAAAAAAUGAGCGGGAGAGAGAGGCCCAGCUGAUUCACGACAGGAACACAGCAUCCCAUACCACAGCAGCUGCUAGAACCCAAGCCCCAGCAACACCUGACAAGGUGCAGAUGACAUGGACAAAAGAGAAGCUCAUUGCAGAGAAACACAGGAACAAGGACACCAGUGCGUCAGGCUUCAAAGACCUCUUCAGCCUAAAGCCAGAGUGGGGAAACCUGGAUCAGUCCAACGUCAGGAGGAUGCACACUGCUGUGAAGCUGAAUGGUGUCGUCCUCAACAAGUCCCAGGAUGCACAACUGGUCCUGCUGAAUAUGCCGGGCCCUCCGAAAAACCGGCAGGGGGAUGAGAACUACAUGGAGUUCCUUGAAGUCUUGACUGAGGGGCUAAACAGGGUCCUCCUGGUCAGGGGUGGUGGCCGGGAAGUCAUCACCAUCUACUCCUAACAUCUGCAGCCUGGACACACCUGGAUGGGAUCAGAACUGUGCUAGCAGCCUAUGGCCAGGUUCCGGCCCACCAGCAUGCCACUGACUGAUGGCCACUGCUCUGGCACUGCCCUACCAAGAUGCUGCAGUGAUUCUGGUCACCCUGCCACACAUGGCUUCCCACAGAUAUAACACCCCUAGACUGCCUCCAAGUAGAAGAUGCUUCAGGGGGAGUGCCUAGAGCUGUUCUGACAGGAAUGGCUCCUUGCAUCAUUGUGGGCAAUGGUAGGUACACCCAGGGACUAUGGGGUCAGCUCUUCCCACUGCAGGCAGGGUCUUAACCUCCAGAUAUUAGUGUCCCUUUUCUGUGGGUGACUGUCCAGUAUUUUGUGGCAGUUACAUCUCAUUUCUACCCUGUCCAGAACACGUGAACAAGCACGCAGUUCCUUGGGGCUAGAAUGUCAGUGAACUGUUCCCCAUUGGCUCUGCCUUCUUUGUUCCUUUGAGUAUCUUUGCUGUGCUUUCUGUACAGUAGGCAAGCUGAGGACUGUCCACUCUUACCUCCUCAUUCCCUGUCCACACUCCUCAGGCACAGCUCAGGGUACCACUGGAAAGUGAGAUAGUGUUUACAGGGUAGGCGUGGGUCACCGUUUGGGUGGGUGGUGGCUGCCAGCUGUGUUCCCAUCUGAGCGAAUGCCCUAGGAGCUCCUGCAGAGAGAACCUUUGAUCUGCCAAGCCAGAGCUACCUGCAGCCAGUCUGCUUUCUCUUCUCAUGGGAACCCAGCCACUUUAUUUCAUAAGCACUGAGCUGGGAACCUCAAGCAGGUGACCGCAGAGAGCCACAGUGUGACAAGCAAACAGCAGGAACGCUGAGAGCUGUGUGCACGGUCCAUGACCGCAGGAGCCUUCCAGAGUGUGAACCACGGUGUGGUUUAGCAUACCGCUUUGCACAUAUGACAUGCCGUCCCAUCCCUCACACCCUCAGCAUCAGUAGCCAUGGCUCUGGGUCUCUCUGGCUGAAUCUCAUGACCCCUGCCAGGUGUCACCGACACCUCUGUACUUUUCAAGAACCUGACAGAUUUGCACUUUACUCUUGUGCACUCUGCUAUGUAGGUCAUGGUCUGUUUGAAGGCUAUGGGCAACAGCAGCAGUCCGUUCUUCAUGUUCCGUAUUUAUUUAUUUAAUCCUCCCUGGGGAAGCUUGAUAGAGAUGUUUCUGUGUGGAUACCCCAUUCUGCCAAGCCUGGACCCAUCUCUGGCUUCCUCCAAGGGAAUCAAUUUUGUCCAUAUUUAGGAAGUUCCCGUUCGGGUAGAAGCCAAGUUUGUACCUAUACGGGUUCCUCAGAUUUUGUUAGCCAGAGGUCAGCUUGCUGGAGUAACAGCUGCCUAGCAUGUGUCCCCAUCAGUGUAAUGGUUUCCACUCCUGCUCUGAUCAGGGUUCAGACUCCUGAUCCCUACACAGCCAGAGCAGAGCAGGUGUGACACCUCUGCCAGCAGUUAGGAAUGCCCUAGUGGCAGGACUUUCCAGGUUCUAGGCCACUGCUUACAAGAGCCCCUGUCAGAGUGUCUAGCCUCCUUUCUCUUGCAAACUCUGUGCUCCUGGUAACUGUGGCCAUUCGAAUCAGUUUCGUGUUUUCCUUUUUAUAUAGGCUUUGGUCUUUGUAUGACUUUGUUAGUAGAAGAGUAAAGUUCUAUGAAAUAUAA